UACUUCCUUUAUGAUUAAGUAAUCUUGAUCCCCAUAACUCGAUAAAUAGGCAUGCAGAGUACCUGGAAGCAGCACAGCACUUUAAAGUUGCUUACAAAUAUCCAACAGAGCAAAUAGGCAGAAGUGAUAAAUACUUGUGAUAUGGCUGAAGUGAAGUUGCUUGGAGCAUGGGGAAGCCCGUUUAGUCGCAGAGUGGAGAUGGCUCUUAAAUUGAAAGGUGUUGAAUAUGAAUACAUAGAACAAGAUUUAGCUAAUAAGAGCCCUUUGCUUCUCAAAUACAACCCCAUUCACAAGAAAGUCCCUGUCCUCGUCCACAACGGAAAAGCAAUGGCAGAGUCGCUUGUUAUUCUUGAGUACAUAGAUGAAACUUGGAAGAGCAACCCCAUCUUGCCUGAAGAUCCUUAUGACAAAGCCAUGGCUCGAUUCUGGGCCAAAUUCAUUGACGAGAAGUGUAUGCCUGCAAUAUGGCAAAUCAUGUGGUCGAAAGAGAAUGAACGUGAGAAGGCCAUAGAAGAAGCAAUUCAGCACCUGAAAACUUUGGAAAAUGAGCUCAAAGACAAGAAAUUCUUUGGGGGAGAGAUGACACGACUAAAAGAUUGA